AUGGAUGGAUUGAAUGAACACAGAGCUAUGAGAGUCGGAGAGGUCCUCUCAGACUUCCGAACUUUGCAGUAUUACAUUGCAGCAGCGCCAACGGACCCUACAAACAUGAACGACUACUACACCGAGGGCUGGGCGGCCUUGCGCCAAUGCGCUCUCGAUGGGCAACACAUUCUCAAUUGCGCGGCCGACACCAGCGUGCCGCAAGUAAGCGGCGGGCCGCUGGAGCAGGAGAAGGCGGAGCUGAAGCAGGUUUUACUUGAUUCAUUCGCCAGACGGCAUGAGUGUCAGAAGAUCUACCUACGACAAGCUGCGGCGCAGCGGUGGGUGGAAAACCGGGACAGUGUUCUGCAGGGCGGAAGUCCGAGCUCGAGGAACCAAUCGCAUUUGCGGGCUUGUGAUCAGCAGUUGAGAGUUGAGCUCACAAUGAUCACCGACGAAACUAUCUACAGCGAGCUGCAGGCAUCGGAUCGCUCAAUGGGUCGCUGGACGGCCGAAGACCCCAGUCUACGAAGCGUGCAGCGCUGGCUUCGCGCACGACAGCCUUAG